AUUAAUCAUAUUUAUAGAUACCAUGAAUUGCAGUGGUCCUGGUUAUAGAUCGCCGAAAGCAGCAAUGCUCGAAGGCCCACGUGAGAAGCUUAUGUAUGUAGUGUGUAUUCAUACAGAUAAAAAUAAAUCUGAUGUUCUAUGCACAGUUGAUAUAGAUCCUAAUAGCAUAGAUUAUUGUAAGAUUAUUCAUAAAUUACGAAUGCCUCAUAUUGGUGACGAAUUGCAUCAUUCUGGUUGGAAUAUUUGUAGUAGUUGUCAUAAUAAACAACAAAAACGAAAUACUCUGAUACUUCCAUGUCUGAUGUCCGACCGUGUUUACUUCAUUGAUACAAGCUCUGAACGAACUCCAUCAAUCAAAAAAGAAUUAAGUUCGAUAGAAGUAAAUCAAUAUGGGAUAUCAACUUUGCACACAAGUCAUUGUUUGCCAACUGGUGAAAUUCUGAUUUCUGCAAUGGGCAAACCAAAUGGAGAUGCUAUAGGUGAAUUUCUUUGCAUCAAUGCAGAAACACUCAAAGUGAAAGGUACCUGGACCAUAGGAGAGAAAAAAGCAGCAUUCGGUUACGAUUUUUGGUAUCAACCGUAUCAUGACGUACUCGUUGCAUCUGAAUGGGGCAUACCUAGAGUUUUCAAAAAAGGCUAUACUGCAACUGAUAUAGCCGAUCCUGCAAUAUAUGGAAGAAGCUUAAAUUUUUAUUCGUGGAACGAAAGAAAAUUGAAACAAGUUUUAAAUUUGGGUGAAGAUGGAAUUGCACCACUUGAAAUACGAUUUCUUCAUGAUCCAAAAUCUAGCGAAGGAUUUGUAGGAUGUGCAGUUACUUCAAAUGUAUAUAAAUUUUAUAAAACAUUUAAUGGAGAAUGGGCUGCAAAAAAGGUGAUUCAAAUUCCUAAUAAACAAGUGGAAGGAUGGAUUGCUCCACAAAUGCCAGGAAUGAUAACAGAUAUUUUGAUUAGUCUUGAUGACAAAUAUCUCUACUUAUCAAAUUGGCUUCAUGGAGAUGUUAGACAAUAUAAUAUUUCUGAUACAGAAAGACCAAAAUUAGUUGGUCAAAUUUUUCUUGGUGGCUCAAUUUUAAAUGAUUCAAAAAUUCGUGUAAUUCAGGAUAACGAACUUACUGAACAACCGGCUCCAACUUAUAUAAAAGGCCGACGUCUUUAUGGAUCUCCACAAAUGCUUCAAUUAAGUCUUGAUGGAACACGUUUAUAUGUAACCACUUCCAUUUUUAAGCCAUGGGACCAACAAUUUUAUCCUGAACAUGUCAAGUAUAAGUUAAAGCAUUAAUUAAUUUUUAUUUAUAAUUUAUUCAAUAGUUUACUCAAUUUUUUCUAAUAAUAAUAAUUAUUACUUUCCUCUACUUUCUAUAUAUAUUCAUACAAGAUUAUUCAUACUUUUAUAUAU